AUGGAUUCUGUGCCGGAAGAGAUGAACGACUGGUCGGAGAUGGAAGGUUUUACGCAAGAGUCAGAGCUUAGAGGUGGAGAUGUACCGCUAGGUAUCAGUAGGUAUCGGUCGGUACUGGUUGUUUGUAAUAGUGAGAAAGAGGCUUAUGAUAUUUACUAUCGAUACGCGCAUAGUGUUGGUUUUAGUGUUCGCAAAGAUCAUCACUGUUACUGGCCUAAUUCGCGUAAGAUACGGAUGAAAGAUUUUUUAUAUUCGAAAGCUGGUUUUAAGAAGGGCCUUGACCUGAAUGCCAAAUCGAAAUACAGGAAAGCCAAUACUAGGACUGGGUGUCCCGCGAUGAUUAGAUUUUCAGUUGAUCAAGAAGGGGAAUGCAAGGUUAAUAAAUGUAUUGAGAACCACAACCAUGAGUUGGCAAGGCCUGAAGAUCAACAUUUAUUGAGAUCAUGCAGGAAAAUUACCGAAGAGAGAGCAUUUGUUCUUAAAUCUAUGGCUGAUGCUGGGAUUAGAACCAUUGAUGCAUUCACAUACUUAGCUGAUGAAGUUGGUGGGAGGGAGUAUGUUGGUUUUUUAAGAAGAGAUGCAUAUAACUUUGUUCAGAGAAACAGAAGAUGCAAGAUUGAGACUGGGGAUAAAAAUUCCCUAAUAGAAAUUUUUAAAAACCGAGCAAAAAAUGAUAACAUGUUUGUGUGGGAAGUCCAAUAUGAUGAGGAGGAUAGAUUGAUGAAUUUUUUCUGGGCUGAUGGUGUGGGUAGAAUAGACUAUGACUGCUUUGGAGAUAUUAUAAUUUUUGAUACCAGCUAUAGACUGAACAAAUACAAUCUAGCUUGUGCACCUUUUGUUGGAGUUAAUAACCAUUGGCAGAAUGUUCUUUUGGGGGUUGCAUUUCUGUCUGAAGAAACAGUAGAAUCAUUUACAUGGCUGUUUAGAACAUUCUUGAGAGUAAUGGGUGGUAAACAUCCCAUUACAAUUUUUACUGACCAGGAUCAGGCAAUGUCUCAUGCAAUACAAAUUGCAUUUCCGCAAACACGCCAUAGGCUUUGCCAAUGGCACAUCAUGAAGAAGCUACCAUCCAAGGUGCAUUGUUACAACAGCAACAACAAGGUUAGAGGGUUGAUUUAUAAAUGUUUCAGCAAGUGUGAUUCAGAGGAAGAGUUUGAAAGCACUUGGACUGAAAUGCUGAAUGAAGGGGACCUUCAUAGCCAUGAGUGGUUGAAAGAGCUCCACAAAAUAAGGCACAAGUGGUCCACAACAUACAACAAGACUUGUUUUAACCUUGGUAUUCUUUCAACACAGCGCAGUGAAUCCACUAACAAUGUGUGCCACGGCAUUUCUAAGCCUACUAGCACCAUCACUGAGUGUUUUUUGGGACUAGAGAAGGUGAUGAAGACAUGGCGUCGGAAUGAAAAGGAUGAAGACUUCAAAUGUAGUCAGUCUGAUGUUGUCCCUUUAGUGAAGAGUAGUCCAAUUCUAAGGCAGGCCGCGCGUUUUUAUUCGCGUAAAUUGUAUUCUUUCUUUGAGGAGGAGUUUUUACAAGGUGUUGGUGGAAUGUGCAUAACUCAAGCCUCAACUGACUUAUCCACUUUUUUUGUCAAAACUGUUGAGAACAUUGAUCAGCCUCGCCACUGGACAGUUAAUUUUGAUGAUGCGGAAGGUAGCAUCGAAUGCAGCUGUGGAAAAUUUGGUAUGAUGGGGAUACUUUGUUCUCACUACUUGAGAGUGAUAAGGCGGCUUGAUAUAAUUAAUAUACCUCCGAAAUAUCUACUCAAGAGAUGGUCAGGUCGAGCAAGAAAGGACCUUUACUCUAACAGGCCAUUGUCAUCUAUGGUAGCUACCGGAUGCCCCUCGGAUGGCAUAGGAAGUAUGAUUUUCAAAAAUUAUUUUACUAGAUUUGCAUAUCAAAUUAGCAGUAGAGGGGAAGGGAAUACUGAAGCAGAACAGUACAUGAUUGAUGCAAUGUAUGAGAUUGUUGAGAAUGUGGAUCUAAUUUUAAAUGCCAGCAAGGACUCAAACUUAGAUACGAAUUCAAGCAUGCGAACUAAAAUAAAAGAUCCUAUAAAGCGCAGACCCAAAGGAGUCUCAAAUGCAAGGUUGAAGAGUUAUUGGGAAAAAAGAAAGCCGAAGAGGAAGAAAGCUGAGGAACAACCUACACCUUCAACUCAUCAGCCUACACCAGUGGAACAUAGUAGUCAAGUUUAUUUUGCAAAUAUACCAGAAUACUACGCUUCAACUCAACAGCCUACACCAGCGGAACCUAGUAGCCAAGUUUCUUUUGCAAACAUUCCAGAUUAUUUUGCUUCAACUCAUCAGCAAACACAUGUGGAACGUUUUGGUCAUGUUCCCUUUUUGAAAAUACCGGAAUGCUUCACCGAUGAGUGGCUUCUUCGUCGACCUACCAGUCAGCCCAACCCUAAAUAUUUAAACAUGAUGAAUGAAUUUAUUGAUGCUGAAAGGCUUGGAUGA